AGGCGGUGUGCACCUCAAAAGAAUUCGAAGUUACUCUUUGUCACAGCCGUGUUAUGCUAUUCAAUUGCUGUACUGUUACCCUCGAGGCAUCCUUAAGGCUGUUGGGUGCAGUGGGGGUUUAAAAUCCACGAAGAUAUCCCUAGAAGCCGGCACGGACACCUUACAUCGUCAAUCGAUUCAGACCAAGCAACGACAUCUUCUUUUGAAAUAGUCAUGGGUGGCGGACAAUCACACCACGUUGACUGGGCAGCAAUUCAUGCACGAGAGCGAGCUGAAGCUGAGGCGCGCGCCAGAGCUGAAGCUGCUCGUCAAGAAGCAGAACGUGCCGCUCAGGCAGCCCGCGCGGAGGCAGAACGGCUCAGACGCGAGGCAGAAGCAGCACGGCAACGCUUUCAGGCCGAACAAGCGGAGGCAGCUCGGAGGGCGCAAGCUGCCCGCGAAGAGGCUGAACGACAGCGCCGCGAGAGAGAGCAAGCCGAACAGGCUGCACGUGCCGCCCGCGAGGCUGCUGAAGCACGGGCUCGCCAAGAACAGCAGCGUGCCGAACAACUAGCACGAGAAGCAGAAGAAGAGAGGCGUAGAAAGAUAGCUGCCGAAGAAGCUGCCAGACAAGCUGCCCUCGCUGCCAAGCAAGAGCAAGAACGGCAACAGAGAGUCAGGGAAGAAGAAAACAGGAGACUUCAAGCCCAGAAGGAAGCAGCGGAACGCGCCGCACAGAAAGCCGCCGAAGAAGCCAAGCAAGCUCAAGCUGCGAGAGAGGACGCCGAGAGGAAAUUGCAGGAAGGCACCCGACCUGUGGUCACGCCUACCCCUGAAGAAUAUUCUGCUUUCAGAGCAAAGAUCCAGCAUACCCAGGGUUUCUUCCAUGUCGCCAUCAGCGGGAUUGCUGGUAGCGGCAAGUCGUCACUCGUUAACGCGUUCCGCGGCAAGCACAACAUGGAUUUUGAUGCUGCCGCGGUUGGCGUCAACGAGACUACUCUUACGGUGGCCAGAUACCCUGAUCCUAACCCAUCCAACCGCUUCAUCUGGUAUGAUGUUCCCGGAGCGGGUACUUUGAAGGUCCCGGAUUGGAAAUAUUUCAAUCAACAAGGGCUCUUCGUCUUUGACUGCAUCCUCGUCGUGGUCAACAAUCGUUUCACUGCCACUGACGUUGCUAUCCUUACCAACGCUAGGCGGUUUGGCAUUCCCGCUUUCAUCGUCCGCUCUAAAGCGGAUCAGCACAUCAAGAACCUCAUGAAAGAUAUGGGCUACGACAGUGACGAUGAAGGCGGGAACAAGGCUAGUUACUUCGCGCGGGCGCGCGACCAAUACGUGGCAGAAACCACCCGUAGCAUCAGAACUAACCUUCAAGAGGCGAAGCUACCUGAUCAACCGGUCUAUCUCGUGACGAACGUUGCUUUACAAGCAGUCGUCACUGGCAAGACACCAAAGAAGAUGCUGGAUGAGGUCAAACUGCUCACAGAUUUGGCGGGCACGGCUCCGAGAUACCCGUAGGCUCUCAUGAUACGUUUUUGACCUGCAGAUGUUGUGUGCCCUGUAUUAUAUGAUCUGUGAAUACGCGCGUAUCUAGUUGUGGAAGUGUAGGGACCAUAUUAUAUCAUGAUUACUCUUCAACUGACUGUCGUGCUAAAUUACCCCUACGCGUCGAACAUUCGCAGUGUACACCAAGACAAUAGGGAUACUGUCGAGCCCUCUUCAACGACAUGAAUUCCUUCAACCCGACGCGGUUGUCAGUCACCUAGAUCUCUUGACCUUCUUCCUCGCUCUCGACCUCGC